AUGCCCAAUCCAGCUGCCCAUCUGCCUUUCUACUAUGGCAGCAUCUCCCGAUCCGAUGCAGAGGACCACCUCAAAUUGGCAGGGAUGUCUGAUGGGCUAUUUUUGCUGCGACAGUGCCUUCGCAAUCUUGGCGGAUAUGUCCUCUCUGUGGUGUACAAACUCCAGUUCUACCAUUAUCCCAUUGAGCGUCAGAUGAAUGGGACCUUUGCCAUCUCUGGAGGGAAAGCCCACUGCGGCCCUGAAGAGCUCUGCGAAUUUUAUUCCAAGGAUGCAGAUGGACUUUGCUGUACUUUGCGGAAGCCUUGCAACCGUCCCAAUAGCCUGGAACCCCAGCCAGGUAUUUUUGACAACAUCCGGGAGAAUAUGGUUCGCGAAUACGUCCGGCAAACAUGGAACUUAGAGGGAGAGAAUCUUGAAGUAGCAAUCAUAAGUCAAGCCCCCCAAGUGGAGAAACUCCUGGCCACCACGGCUCACGAGAAAAUGGCUUGGUAUCAUGGCCCCAUCUCCCGAGAGCAAGCGGAAAGCCGGCUCUACUCAGGAGCACAGCCUGAUGGGAAAUUCCUGAUGAGACAAAGGAAAGAACAAGGAAGCUAUGCCCUCUCCCUUGUGUACGGAAAGACUGUUUAUCACUAUCGAAUAGGUCAAGGAAAAUCGGGGAAAUACUCUGUGGAAGAAGGAACCAAAUUCGAUACGCUGUGGCAGCUGGUCGAGUACCUCAAACUCAAACCUGAUGGCCUUAUCUAUUAUCUGAAAGAAAGCACCCCGAAUCCUGAAAUGCAAUCAGCGCCAGCCACUCCAGUGCCACCAGCGCAUCCAUCUACAUUGGCUGCUCGGAGAUUCACACCUCAGAACUCAGAUGGAUACACACCAGAACCUUUUGCAGGGAAGAAGAAUCGAAUUUUGCCCAUGGAUACCUCAUGUUAUGAAAGCCCAUACAGUGAUCCCGAAGAGCUGAAGGAUCGGAAGCUAUUCUUAAAAAGGAGCAGUCUGAUCAUGGAUGAAGUGGACCUGGGAGAGGGCAACUUUGGGUGUGUCAGGAAAGGAGUUUACAAAAUGAGGAAGAAGCAAAUUGAUGUAGCCAUCAAAAUGCUAAAAGAGGGCAACGGAGUGGUACAGCAGGAUGAAAUGAUGAAAGAGGCCCAGAUUAUGCACCAGCUUGACAAUCCUUACAUUGUCCGUCUCAUUGGAGUGUGUCAUGCGGAAGCCCUCAUGCUGGUGAUGGAGAUGGCAUCAGGUGGUCCCCUGCACAAGUUCUUGUCUUCCAAGAAGGAUGAAGUUCCUGUGAACAAUGUGGUCGAGCUGAUGCACCAGGUGUCCAUUGGGAUGAAGUAUCUGGAAGAAAAGAAUUUUGUCCACCGGGACUUAGCUGCCCGAAAUGUGUUGCUUGUCAACCAGCAUUAUGCCAAGAUCAGCGAUUUUGGGCUUUCCAAAGCUUUGGCAGCUGAUGACAGUUAUUAUAUGGCCAAAACCACUGGGAAGUGGCCUUUGAAGUGGUAUGCGCCAGAAUGCAUCCUGUUUCGGAAGUUUUCAAGCAAGAGUGACGUCUGGAGUUAUGGGGUGACUAUGUGGGAGGCCUUUUCUUAUGGCCAGAAACCUUACAAGAGAAUGAAAGGACCCGAAGUCAUGGCGUUCCUUGAGGAAGGGAAGCGUAUGGACUGUCCAUCGAGCUGUCCGCCAGAGAUGUAUAAGCUGAUGAAUCUAUGUUGGACGUACAAAUGGGAAGAGCGCCCAAAUUUUGCUGCUGUGGAGACACUGAUCCGCACAUAUUACUACAGCAUUGCUGACAAGAAGGAAGAGAAGGUGUAG